CUCACCAUGAUUCUCAUCGUUGUGGAUUCUCUCCGAUCAUGUCGUCGAAGAAAGCGAAGACGAAGAACGAGGCGAGUAGCAGCCGUGGUGGCAUCGGCGGAGAGAGUAUAGUCGCUGAUUGUGGACGAAAUAAAUCAACUUGCGGUUACUGUAAAUCUUCUACCCGCUUUAGUAUUUCUCACGGUUCGUUGCAUUGCCUUUGAAAUAUCGUUUUAUUAGUUCGUGAAUCUUCUGUAUAGUUUGUCGUUGAAUUGAUCUGACUAUCGUAUAAGUCAAAUAAAAAGAUUUUCCGAUUUGGGAAUGUGAAUGAUUUCCAUUGCAGGUUUAUGGACAGAGAGACUCACCGUUAAUGACUAUCAAGCUCUUCUUGACAGUGGAUGGAGACGAUCUGGCUGCUAUCUUUACAAACCUGAGAUGGAGAAGACUUGUUGCCCUUCUUAUACAAUCCGCUUGAAAGCAAGUGAUUUUGUCCCUUCUAAGGAGCAGCAGCGAGUGCGUAGAAGAAUAGAAAGGUAUAUGCAUCUCUGUGGAUGCAUAUGGAAACUGUACCAAGAUCUUUUUUUCAGUUAUGUCAUAAAACCUUUCCUCUUACCUUUAAAAUUUCUGGUUGAACUGUUUCUGUGAUGUUGUGUACAAAGGUUUUUGGAUGGUGAACUAGAUGCGAAGCCGAGUGAGCAGACAGAAGAUCAAGAUGUCUCUUUCUCCCGUGAAGUUUCAGUGUCAGUGAAAAAAUCACUUGGAGCUGCUAAAAGAGAAAAAAACAAUGAACUGGAACCAAUCAUGAAAGAUUUGUCUGAACAAAUUGAUAAUGCGGUACAAAAAUGCAUACAGAGUGGUGAGUUUCCUUCUAAUGUUCAGAUUCCCAAAGCUUCAGUAAAGAAAGUUUUUUCUGCUAAAAGGAAGAAACUAGCUGAAGGGUCAGAAGACCUCUUAUACACCAGCAACAUUGCUUUUCCAAUAGUAGCUGCUAUGAAACACACACAGACAUUGGAGAAAGGCAAAAACGUAGAAGAAAACAGAUUAUCACCAGAGGCUGUUUCUGAGAAGUUGUUAAGUGCAAUGAAUAAGGUUGGAGAGUUUACUGGUUUUUCUGUUAAGGUCUCCAAGGGUCAUAUCAACUUCCUUUCAGCUACCCAAGUUACUUCCUCAGAUAGAAAUGAAGGUGAAGAAAGCCUAUGUGCUACAACAAUAAAGUCUUCUUCGAACAAGCUUCAUGCAAGAAAGCGGAAGCUGGAGAUGCACUUGAAAAGGUCGAGUUUUGAACCAGAGGAAUAUGAAUUAUACAAACGGUAUCAAAUGAAAGUGCAUAAUGAUAAGCCGGAGAGCAUCUCAGAAACUUCAUACAAACGGUUUUUGGUAGACACUCCGCUCACUGAAGUUCCUUCUUCAGGUUAUGAUGAUGAAGAAAAGAUUCCUCUUUGUGGCUUUGGUUCUUUCCAUCAACAAUACCGAGUUGAUGACCGUCUAAUUGCUGUUGGGGUGAUUGAUAUUCUUCCUAAAUGUUUGUCUAGUAAAUACCUGUUCUGGGAUCCGGAUUUCGCAUCCUUGUCUCUUGGAAACUACUCAGCCCUGCAAGAAAUCGAUUGGGUAAAACAGAACCAAGCUCAUUGCUCUACUCUUGAGUAUUACUAUCUUGGCUAUUACAUACAUUCCUGUAACAAGAUGAGAUAUAAAGCAGCCUAUCGUCCGUCUGAGCUUCUAUGCCCUCUCCGGUACCAAUGGGUUCCAUUCGAAGUAGCCAAGCCUCUGCUUGAUAAAAAGCCUUAUUCCGUCUUGUCCAAUAUCAGUAAGGUUUCUUCAUCAUCAUCAUCACCUCAAGCUUCUGAAACCCUAUUGGAAUCUACGAGUGAACAUGAAGACAUGGAACAAGGGGAUACAAAUGAUGAUGAUGAUGAAAUGUAUAACUCUGAUGAAGACUCAGACUCAGACUCUAGCAGUAGCAGAAACCGGAGUGACAUUACCAAUAUCCUUAUCAGUCUUAAUGGACCUCGACUUCGAUACAAGGAUAUACCGCGGUUCAAGAAUCCAGUGGUUCAGAAACAACUCGAAUCGAUGUUGGUUAGUUACAGGAAAGUUGUUGGGGCCGAGCUAUCGGAGAUAAUGGUGUAUGAACUCCGGUAACAUUAAGCUUAAGUGCUUAACUCAAGCCAGUUGAAAGCAUUUUGCAACAUUAUUAACAAUAUUAGUGUUGUCAUGUGUCUCCUUAUUUUGAUCACAUGAUACCCAAAAAAAUAUAUAAUCUAUAAUUGUUACAUUUUUCCCAUAAUAUUAUUCUCUCGGAUAAAUAAAGUUUUAAUUUCCCAUUUUGCUCAAA